AUCUGCAGAAGCAAGGGGAGAACGGAGAGCUGCUGCAGCCACUCCUCUUCGUCUUACUGGUUUUGUGCUCUGUCCUGCUGUACUUUAAGGUGUCUCUCAUGGAUCCGGGUUUUGUUAAGUCUGAAGAAGAAGUGAAGGCAGGCAAGAGUGAAGAACAAAGCAUGGUGAUACCCCAACUUCCAAGUAUUAUUAAGAUGCGGCGUUGUGGUUACUGCAUGGUGAAGCAACCAAUGCGAGCCAAGCACUGCCAGCUGUGCCAACACUGUGUACGGCGCUACGACCAUCACUGUCGUUGGAUUGAGAACUGCGUAGGAGAGAAGAAUCACCCCCUUUUCAUAGUCUACUUGAGCGUGCAGCUUGUAGUUCUGCUGUGGGGAGGCCACAUCGCUUGGUCAGGCCUCUACUUCGAACAGUCCUGGGACUGGCUGCAGCACAACAUUUUCCUCCUCAUGUCCUUCCUCCUGAUAGUCGUAUUCACCAUGGUUGUCCUGCUGCUGCUUAUUUCACACCUCUAUCUGAUCUCAUGCAACACCACCACCUGGGAAUUCAUGUCACAUCAUCGCAUCCCCUACCUGCGACACUCUGAGCUGGAGAAUCCUUUUGACCAAGGGGUAGUCCUCAACCUGUGGAGAUUCUUCUGUUCAUGCCAACUCACCACGUGGGAGAAAAUCUACUUUCACAGGAACAAUGAGCCUGUCUAGUCACAGUAGUACCUACUUGGUAGGGUGCCAACACAGCUGCAGCUUGCUGGAUAAAGCUU